GGGUGAGGCUAAAUGCAGAUCUCAUUUGUCUAAAUCUACCCCAUUCAUAAUUAUUUUAGAAUUUUUGUUUUGCUCUCCUGUCCAGCCCAUUCCAAUUAGGUUAGUUUCACUAUUGUAAUUGUCUAGCAAGCCCAAAUGCUCCCUAUAGGACUACCCUGUAGGCAAAUCUCUAUUUCCUGUACUCCUCUCAAUUGCGAAUUCUGAAAUUGAAGACGGAAGCACGAAGGUGAAGACCCGCCGGCGACAAGCUCGAUUUUUCCAUAGGCGGUACGUCUCACAGGUUGAUGAGAUGUUGUCAGAGGUUUUGUUGAGAGCAUCUAUUUUGGAAAAACGUGUGAAGAAUUUGCUCGGUGAGAGAGAUAGGGCAAGGGCCGAGAUAGCCCUCCUCGAGAAGAAAUUACUUGACAGGGGGACUGUGCAUGGAUGGGCAUAUAGAGGAGGCUCAUAAGGUCGUGGAUCGGGUUGGUGGGAAUGGUGGUAUUUCAAAUGACGAGUGCAAUAGUUGUCUCGUGUUGUCUUUGUUUCGAGCAGGGAAGGUCAAGGAGGCAGAGGUUGUUUUUAGAAGAAUGUUAGCACGUGGUUUGAAGUCUGACACAAUCUCUUAUGAGACGAUGAUGAAAUGGAUGUGCUCUGAAGGAAGGAAUCUGGAUGUAUAGACUUGAAUGUAGAAUCUCGUGCCAUUGUUUUUUCUAUGAUUGAAUUCAUAUGCUCUGAUGAAACAAGGCGGCAAACAUGAGCUUUUUUGGAGGUGCCUAGCGAGGAGGAAUCUCGCGUGAUGAAGCCAACGUUUCCACAAUCAAAUGAUAGUAUUUGUCCUCUAGUAUUUCAACGGUGUUAUACAGUGGUCUUUUUUAUUUUUUUCAGAGGCGGAGGCGAUGGCGGGGCAUUCCUAUCAAUUUUUUAUGGUUGUGACAUAUUUUUAUCCCUUUGUUUCAGUUCUUUUUCUUUAUAUUGGCAUAUAAACGACAAUAGAAAAAGGUGAUGAUGUUGCGGAGUUGAAGAAGGAAAUACACACUUUGAGAGAGUCGACGAUAAAGGUGAUGACUUUUUAUUUUAUUUGCGUAAAUAACUUAACAACAUUUGUUUGUUUGUUUAAGGUUGAUGAGAUGCUGUCGACGGUUUCGUUGAAAUCAUAAGAAUUUGUUGGGAGAGAGACAGGGCAAUGGUGGAGAUAACCAUUCUUAAGAAAAAAUUGCUUGAGAAGAUAUGUAUAACCUUUCCCAAUCUUGUUUCUUUAUUUUUUAACAAUGCUCACACCAACGAUGAUUUUUUUGGUUUUCAUCAUACUUAUACUGACUGGUCUAGCCUACUCUUGAACAGGAAAAGGAAGGUAAUGUGCGUGAGUGGAUGAAAGGGGCAUGGAGUUUUGUUGAAGACACAAGAUGCAAAUAGGAGCAUGCAUCGGGAUUGGCCCUACUUUCUUACAUGCCCGGGGUGAAGUCAUCGAGAGUGCGAAGCGUCUCCACAAGAGGCUGGAAGAAACGCGAUUGCAACUAUGACUAUCGUCAUUGAGAUUUGCGGCAUGAUCAAUCAGU